AUGUUUUUGAAACGAAAAUUUAGUUUAAAUAUCGAACGUAUUCAACAAGAAGAAGAGUCUGAAAAUUUAUCAAUAUCACCCAUAUUAACUUCAACUAGAACAAAACAUUUUCGUCGACAAUUGAGUGAACAAAAUUUCGCUGAAUUGGGUAGAAAAGCAUUGUCAAUGGCUGAAGAUGAAAUGCCAGGAGUAAUGCUAUUAAGAAAAAUUUAUAGACCUAAACAACCAUUGAAAGGUGUUCGUCUUGCUGGAUGUUUACAUUUAACAGCACAAACUGGAGUAAUGAUUGAAACAUUUCUUCAAUUGGGUGCACAAGUUCAAUGGAGUUCUUGUAAUCCAUUAUCAACACAAGAUCAUGUUGCAGCUGCAUUAGUUAAAACUGGUAUAGCGAUUUAUGCUUGGAAAGGUGAAACUGAAGAAGAGAAAUUAUGGUGUAUAGAUCAGACAAUCUACUUUCCUGAUGGUCAACCAUUAAAUGCUAUUUUGGAUGAUGGUUGUAAUUUAGCACGAAUUAUACAUGAAAAAUAUCCACAUUUGACAAGUAUGAUACAUGGUAGUAGUGAAGAAACAACAGCUGGUAUAACUAAAUUACGUAAAUUAUUCAAAAAUAAAAAAUUAAAAGUUCCAGUAAUUAAUGUUAAUGAUAGUGUAACAAAAUCAAAAUUCGAUAAUAAUUAUGGAUGUGGUGAAAGUCUUAUUGAUGGUAUUAAACGAGCUACAGAUGUCAUGAUCGGAGGAAAAGUAACAGUAAUUAUUGGAUAUGGUAAUGUAGGAAAAGGAUGUGCAAAAGCAUUAAGUAGUUAUGGUGCACGAGUUAUUAUUACUGAAAUUGAUCCAAUUUGUGCUCUACAAGCUGUAAUGGAUGGUUAUCAAGUAACAACAAUGGCUGAAGCAUGUAAAAUUGGUCAAAUAUUUGUAUCAGCAACUGGCUCAACUGGAUUAAUUCGUGGUGAACAUAUGAUGGAAAUGCGUGAUAUGGCUAUUUUAUGUAAUAUUGGUUCAGGUCAAACUGAAAUUGAUGUUGUAUGGUUAAAAGCUAAUGCAGUCAAAAUUGAAUAUAUUAAACCACAAGUUGAUAUUUAUCAUUUACCAAGUGGUCGUGCUAUUAUUUUACCUGCUGAUGGUCGUGUUGUUAAUCUUUCCUGUGCACAUGGUAAUCCAAGUUUUGUUAUGAGUAAUUCAUUUUCAAAUCAAAUUUUGGCACAAAUUGAAUUGUUCACAAGAAAAGGACAAUAUUCAAUUGGAAUUCAUACUCUUCCAAAAACUUUAGAUGAAGAAGUUGCCUUGGCACAUUUGGAUUAUUUAGGUGCAAAAUUAGAAAAACUAACAGAGACACAAUCGGCCUAUCUAGAUUUGCAUCCAGAUGGACCAUUCAAACCCGAAUAUUAUCGUUAUUAA